GUUGGAUAUUAUGGGCCGCGUGGCCGACGCGUCAUGAUGGAUUGGAUCGCAGGCAAGGUAACGGACGAGAUCCACGAGGUGGCGGGCAGCGACCCGCUGAUUGGGUACAAGACGGUCAGCGGGUUUAUCCAAGAAGUGCUGGUGCCGGAGCUUGCGACCAUGUUGAUCGCGGAGGACAUGGAUGUUCAGGAAGCAAGAGCGAGGGAGAUACUGGGGGAGAGCGAGGAGAUUGGCGAUCUGGUGAACCAGGCCAAGGAGGAAAGAGUGGAGAUUGAAAAGAAGACUGUGAAGGAUGACGAUGACGACGACGACGAAGACUGAGUGUCACAUUUGCGGGAGGAUGGUUAUAUGGAGGAUUAACGACUGGGAGGUUAUACUUUGUUUUAGCCACGGAUCAGGCAGCUCCAAGCUGUACACACGACUGUGGCGUUUGGGCAGGGUCUGCGAGCGGCGAUCUUUG